AAACAACAAGCAAACAGACAAUACUACCUCAAUUGCAUGCUGAUACAGGAUUAUCUUGUGUUCUCCAGGCAACAAGAGAACUGUAGCUGACUUCAGCUCCACUGAAAUCCCAGAUCUGGGUUACCCGGAUGGAAUGACCGUUGAUACGGAGGGGAAAUUAUGGGUGGCCUGUUUUGACGCUGGGAAAGUUGUCCGACUGGACCCCGAGACUGGAAAAGUGAUCCGAACUGUCAAGUUCACAUGUGAAAAGAUAACUUCCUGUUGUUUUGGCGGGGACGACUUCACCGACCUCUACGUCACAUCAUCGAAAUACCUGAUGACCCCAGCAGAAUUGGAGGCAACACCAUUGGCUGGCUCAGUCUUCAAGGUCACGGGGCUCGGAGUCCGAGGUCGCAAAGCUAACAUGUUUUCUGGCUAAAUGUUUUCCCGUUCAAUGCGUUUUCAAGGAUAAAUGUUUUCAACUAUUUGUAAACCUGAUCUCGAUGUUUUAUUCAGGGAGACUGCUUUUUGCAAAAUAAAGCUAAUGAAACACAA